GUUAAAAACCAUGAACCAGGCACAACUGAUUGUUUUAGGGCCGGUGUUUAUGAGCACAUAUACCAGGGGGACGACACCUUAGAGGACCCACAUGUGAUAAUCGGCAACAAUCUGAAAGUCUUUGAGGAGAUCGCGUCAACGGCCUCUCAAUACGGCACAAACAUCCUGGUGUAUCCCGAAAAUGGUAUCAUAAACACCAUGAACUACAAGCGCCAUACAGUGGCCACAUUUGCGGAACACAUACCCGACCCCAGCACCGGGCGAUUCGCACCGUGCAAUACACCACAAGAGUAUACAUCGACUCCUAUAACCCUGACACUGAGUUGUUUGGCAAAAACAAAUCACUUGUAUAUUGUAGCCGAUUAUGGAGAUCGGAUUGAUUGCAAGGGCACCGGCGAUGCUAACUGUCCACACGAUGGCCACUACCUGUACAACACGGCCGUGGUUUUCGGCGAUGACGGCUCACUGGUGGCUAAGUAUCACAAACAGCACCUAUUCUUCGAGAGUCAAUACAAUACUCCCAAAGAGGUAGAGGUCAUACAUGUGGACACACCGUACGGACGAAUGGGUUUACAGAUAUGUUUUGAUAUACUAUUUCGUGAUCCGGGUGUCGAUGCCGUAGCCAAGUAUGACAUACAAACGAUGCUGUUCCCCACCUAUUGGUUCGAUGAGCUACCGCUCCGGUCAGCCAAACAGGUUCAGGAGGGCUGGGCUCUCAAUCAUAGGGUCAACCUAUUGACGGCUAAUAUUCUGGACCUCAAAACAGGUUCCGUUGGCACCGGUAUAUACGCGGGUGAAAAUGGGCCGAUAGUCUCGACUGACAUCACUACUAAAACUGCUAAAUUGUUGAUUGCGGACAUACCUAUCGACAGCCGUAACCCAAUGGCUUCGUGUCUGACUACAAAUCCAUUCAAUAAAACCGUUGCCAUCGACGCCUUGAAGACCACAUCCGAGUAUCGGUACAAACAGAUGGACAUAAAUGGUGUAACCCUUUAUAAACUGGUUGACAAACAACAGGAUCAUGUAGUUUGCGAUAAAGGGUUGUGUUGUCACCUAAACUACUCUGUGGUGUCGGAGCUCUCGCUGAGCCGGGAGUCGUAUUGGCUGAUGGUUAGGAACAGUAGUGGUCACACAUACCCGACUGACCCAACCAUAUAUCCCAUGUGUGAAGAAAUAUGUGCUGUGUUUCGAUGCGAGGGUCAGAGCACCGGUAGAUGUGUGUCGUUUCCUACCGAAGCCAAUGAGACGGUGUUCCAGUGGUUAGGACUGAGCGCCCGAUUCGCCACUAAUUACACGUAUGCGAGCGUUACGGCCAAUCACUUGGCUUUAGUGCCCAAACAGUAUUGGGUUUAUGAAUAUGAGGCACAACUAGAGGGAAGGGAUGUUAGACUUAAGGUCGAGGAUUACGAUAAACCACUGAUGGCUAUGGUCGGCGGUGGGUCUGCCGGCUGUGUUAUCGCCAAUAGACUCAGUGCUCAGCAAAACACAACUGUCCUCUUGAUAGAGGCCGGAGAUUACGAUACAAAUGUGACGGAUUUGUCGGGUUUUACUCAUUAUUUGCACGGAUUCCUCAAACAUGAGGCUAUAAAACGGAUUUAUUGGGAGUAUUAUAAUGUGCGCCAAAAGUAUGCCGGCUUAGCCUUUCCUUUCGGUAUCAUUGACUACCGGGGAAAGGGUUUGGGCGGCAGUUCUUCACUGAAUUACAUGUUUUAUAUUCGGGGUAAUCGCAAGGACUUCGACAACUGGGCCCAUAAUUAUGGGGCCAAAGGCUGGAGUUAUGACGAGAUUCUCGAGUUUUUCAUGAAGUCUGAGAAUAAUAGCGACCAGAAUAUAGUGAAAGAAAAUCCCGGUUUUCACGGCACGACUGGACCCCUGUCUGUGUCCACGCCGACAGACCCGCCGGUGAUAUACAAGGCGUUGGAGAAAGUGUUGACCGGUUUGGGACACAAGACUGUAGACAUGAAUGGCGCCAAUCAGUUGGGAACGGGUUUAUCGCAAAUGACUAUAAGGGGCGGACAGAGGAUGAGUACUGCGAAGGCAUACCUCAAACCAAACCCAUACCCGAGUCGUCUCACAAUUAUGACCAACGCUUUCGUCACCAAAAUAUUGGUCAACAAAACAAGUGAUAAUAAGUUGCGAGCAUUUGGUGUGCAAUAUAGUGUUGAUAAUGAAAAACGCAUAGUUUUGGCCACAAAUGAAGUCAUACUAAGCGCCGGUCCAAUGAAUUCCCCACAAAUUCUGAUGCUUUCGGGAAUCGGACCCAAAGACCAUUUAAAACAACAUAAUAUCGAUGUAAAAGUUGACCUCCCAGUAGGCAAUCAUUUGGUUAACCACCCCUUAGCCAUCACACUGUCUGUGAUACGUGACCCUCAAUCCCAGGCCCCACCACUGCCUCAAUUGAAUGCAAACCAAUUGAACGAAUUUCUACUAAAAUUCCGUAAUUUGUGUCCAUUUUCGGGUCAAAUGGUGUUCACUAAUAGUAAGCGCAACGCCGAUAAAAAGUGGCCGGACAUCCAGUUCCUUGCCAUUGUAAACAAACUGAGCCAUGUCACCUUGCUGUCGUUGGGAACUAGUCUCUUGAGGGCCCGGAGCAGAGGAACGGUACGCCUGGCCUCUGCCAACCCAUUUGAUGCUCCGCUAAUUGAUAACCAAUUUCUGGCCCAUCCGCUGGACAGGGAGGACAUGAUGGAGGCGUUGAAGUACUCGUAUUAUUUGCUCCAAAACACAUCCAUGUCCCAGUAUGUCAACGUAGUACCGCUGCACAUAUUAGGCUGUCCAAAGUGCACCGAUAGACCUCUAUAUGAAUGCGAUCCAUAUAUUGAUUGUGUUAUGCGGAUGACCACAAUGUCGUACUUUCAUCCGAUGGGCACCUGUCGUAUGGGGGCUGAGGGAAGGGCUGAUGUUGUAGUAAAUGAGAGGCUAUUAGUGAAGGGAGUGUCGGGUCUACGAGUGUGCGAUUCGUCGGUAUUCAGUGACAACGUAAACGCCAACACAAAUGCGGCCACAAUUAUGGUGGCGGAGAAGUGCGCCCACACUGUAGUGGCCGAUAGAAAGGCUGGCCAUACCUGA